UGCUUUGCUUAUAAAUACUCCCUCCUUCUCUCUCUAGCCGUUGCUUGGCCUAUUCAACCGGAACUUGUCAAACACCUUCCCCCCAUUCAAAACCCUUCACGUUCACUCCCAAAUCAUAACAACCUCUCCAAUCCCCAUAAUUUUCCUUACCUCGAAAACCCCACUUCCACAUUUAUAUAACCUGUUCCAUUGUCCUAGCCAUAACACAGCACGCACCGUAAGAGUCAUUAGCGUAAUAUUUUAUCUUCCAACGUUAGUUAGUUUCAUGGAUUGCUUGGUCUUGCCUGUCUCCUUGUUGCGAAGGCGCUGCACGACAUCAGGUCUACGCUACCGGCCUCUGAGGCAGGAUGGAUAUGGCGAUUUGGACCGACAAGUGACGGUGGUGGUAGGGAAAGAGAAGAGGGAAUUUUUGGUUGACCCUUUCGUGUUGGAGGAGAGUCCAUUCCGGGCUUUGAUUGACACAAUGAAGAAGGAAUAUGGAAGUCAAGUUGAUGCGAGAAGGGAGAAGAGGAGGGUGAUUUUCGUGGACGUGGAUGCUAUCUUGUUUGAGCAUAUGCUUUGGUUGAUGAAUAAUGAUUGCUCUUCUCUGUUUCAGCUUAACCUCGAGGAGAUUAUCGACUUCUAUGCUCAGGAUAAUUAGAGUGGAGAAGAGAGGUACAUUGGUGUAACCAAAAUUUGAGUUGAUUGACAUAUCCUCUUGUAAUCUAAACACUACAAGCACUCACAGAAACAGAAACAGUAUAACUAUUUCUCUCUUUACUUAUCCUCCUCUUUCUCUUCUUUGCCUCCUUUCUUUUCUUUAAUUACCGGGAGAUUGACACUCCAUUUUUAAUACGAAUUAAUGCUGAUUCCUUUCAACUGGUUGAUACUAUUCAAUCGAUCCUUCUCCCAGGUUGUGAUUCAGCCCUGUUCAUGAGCCGUAUCUUGCGUUUUACAGUGAAAAACAACAAACACGCUUAUCUU